UUGAAUAACUCACUCACAGAAUACUGAUUGCGUCAAAAGAACAGACGGACCGUCAAAAAACAAAAAUGAAAAUACUUCAGACAAAAUCCCACUAAUUACCUACAUACCUUAAACCUCUAAAUAGCCCAGUGCAGACUAAAUUUAAAAACCAAAACUAAAUAAAAAAACAUGCUUCGUCAAAUCAGUCUGCAAGUUGCGAACAAAACACCGGUUCUAGUACCCAGAGCAGGCUAUAAGAACUUUGUAAUGUCUGAAGCGCUCGCUCAGAUCGAGAAAGACUGCGAAAGGUUCUGUCCGGUACCAAGGUUCCCACCACAAAAAGUAGCCAUAGUCGGCGCUGGUAGUGACAUUGGUCGAAUAGCAGCUUUGUUCCUAAAACAGCAGAAAGUCGUGAAAACCCUUGCCUUGUAUGAUGAUGUACCCGAACGAUACGUAUUGGGAAUAGCCAACGACUUAGCACAUAUUGAUACUAGCACUGAGAUCGAAGCGUUUCAAGGAAGAGUUUUCUUAAAACCAGCGCUAUAUAACUCUGACGUGGUGUUAAUUUGUGGAGGAUGCUACGUGCUCCCUCCGUGUUGUAGCGUCGAGGACCGAGAGCUCUUUUUUCAGAACAUGGCUUAUGUUCGCACAGUUACAUUGGCUAUUGCUCAAUUCUGUCCUCAAGCUAUUGUGGCCAUACAAACUCCGCCCGUGGACUGUAACUUCGCACUGUGUAUGCAUACCUUGAAAAUGGCGGGAGUUUACAAUAAGAGACGCGUUCUCGGUGUGAACUCGGUAAACGCGAUGCGAGCGAAUCAGCUGUUUAGCGCGAUGACGGGCACUGACCCCGCUGCGCGCACUACGCCGGUCGUCUGCGGCACCGGACGCUGUACUCGAGUUCCCGUGUUCUCCGCUGGUAAAGCUGGCAAUGUUCCCAGGUCGCAAGUGGAGUGUCUCACGCGUCUCAUACGGGAAGCUGAUGAUAUUAUCUGCAAAGUAAAAAGCAACAACGGACAAGGACACCUUUCCAUUGGGUUUUCUACUGCACGAUUUGUCGUUAAUAUUAUGAAAGGUCUUUUCCAAAAGCCGACAUUUAUCGAUAGUGCUUUAGUGGAACAACGUGAUCCCGGGAAAUGUUACAAUAUGGCUGUUUGCGCGACACCAGUCACAAUAGGGAAAGGCGGCAUUGUGGAAUACGUGGUGCCGCAAUUGAAUGAAGCUGAAACUAAACUAUUGGAAGACAGCAAGUGCGACCUAGAGGAUAUGCUGAACCUCGGCAGAUGUUAUGCUGUGGGUGAUGAAUACUGCAUCCACUCAUGCAAGUGUCCAGCUCCUCCUUCUUGCAAGACCUGUGAGCGUUGUCAGAGUGGAAAAAAAUCUAAAAAUAAAUGAUUAGACAUGUGUGAUCAUCUCAAGAACAUCUUGGAACAUACAGAUUAGCUAUCGUCAGUGAACUACUAACUGUAAUCUGUCAGCUAAAACUUUCUAUGACUUUUUCUAUCCAUUAAACAAAUUGAAACCUA